GUGUAAUAUAAGCUAAACAAUAUACACACAGAGGACUCAAGAGGACGUGUGUUACUACACUGCUGUGUCAGUUUUGUCGGUAGCUUUGACUGUUUUCCGUAAUAUUGCACCUAUACCACCAAGGUACGUGUUGGAGCCAUUCCACGAAACUGCACGCUCCCGUAAGGCAUGUCGACAAUUUACGCGCACGUGGUUUCCCUGAUUGCCGCCAUUGUGGUGGUGGUGGAUGGUGCAACUGAACUGGGUGACUUCUUUCAGAGGAUACAUGAUGAAGGUAACGUGACGACGUACCAGUGCUACCGAAACGGGACCACCCUCGAGCCAUCUUCAUCACGCAAUUUUACAGUCCUGUGGAGAAGCGAGGGCCAAAGCGAUAACGAAGCACAUUGCACCUGCACAUACGUCUCCAAAAGAGACAGUGAAGAGCAAAAAAUUGAAGUCUCUGCCAAGUACGACGAACAAGAGGACUACGGCGUUCUAUCAGGUCAAGGUGCAUCAGCAUACCUUUACCAACUGCUGCCUCUAUACCAAAACCAAAGCUACUAUUUCAAGGAAGUGGUCACUUUGAUCGGCAUCAACUAUACUGUCUUCAAGAUUUACGACACAGACGAGAGCUGCAUGUACGCCGAAGCACUUCGCCACCAGGUCUGCGCUGAGCCAUGUGACCUAGAAUUCGUGCGGUGAAGAUCCUACAACGAUAAAACGAUAAAAGCUACAAUCACAAAAAAAAAAGUUGGUGGGAAAACUUACGGGUAGUGCUGGUAGAGUGAUGAACGCUUGCUAAUAAAGUCAUCCACAACACAUA